UGUCUGUCCAACAAACCAACCGUGAUUCAUCCGAGUUGUAGCGUACCAAAUCCUAUAAAACCCACGAAUAUAUCCGUAAUCCUCUGAAAAAAAUUCUUUUUGUUCGCUUCCGCUUCCCUGCCCCCUCCCACCCCGCACCGCAGCCGCCGAAUUCGCCGAGGGCAACGCAAGCGACUCGCCGGGAGCAACCGCCAAUCCGACGACGCAACCAAUCUCGCCGCCGCCGUCUUCAUCCUCCCGCACAAAUUUUCUUCCUUGAUUUCUCGGGGAGUUAAUCCGAGCCCACGCGGAGGCGCCCGUCGUGCGGUGCGAGUGCCACGGCGCCCUAAUCUAAAGACCUAGGCCUCUGGAAGGUGGGGGGUUUAAUCCUCGCGGAGGGUUUCUUCCGCCGCGCCGCCGCCGCAAUUUGCUGCGCCUCGCCAUCGGCGGCCUCGCCGCCCGCCCGGCGACCGACGGGGCGCGGCAAGCCGGGCCCUCCUUCCUCCCGCCAGAGCCGUCUCUCGUCGGGAGGCGACUCCUCGCCCUCCUCCCCACCCCAGCGCGCAGGAGCAAUCCACGCCAGAAGCGGGCCGGUGCAGUUUUUCUUGCCCGGCAAUUUUGGGGGUUCAACUGAACCCCCCAUGCCCUACGGCAGGUCCACCCCUGGCCCGGCCUCCCAACCGCGGCCGGUGGGUGGACGUUGAGUGGUGCCUGCUGCCAUGGAGCAGGACACACCCACGUUGAAGCCGGAAUGGCUGCAGAAAGACAGGGCAGCAGGCGCCGCAAACAUCUGGGCUACAGCUUCCUCCCGCUCAGAUUAUCAUCAAGGUACAGGUGGUUCAUCAAGAAACCAUUCAUCUGGACAUGACCAUGACCCUAGUUCCCGGCAGUCUUCAUCACGGAGAAGUUCAGGCUUGAAUGGAUCUCGGAGGCCUGAGCGAGAUGCAAUGGGGAAGUCAAGGGGCUAUGCCAAUUUCGGGAGGAACAGGGACAAGGAUCGGGAGAGGGACUCUGAUUCCCAUGACAGGGAGAGUAGGUCAACCAUUGCAGAUCGUCACGAUUUCAAGUCCUUUGGCACAUGCAGAUCUGAAAGGGAUAGGAUGAAUCGUGCCCGCUCGAAGGCAGACACAUGGAGUAAGGGAGUAGUUAACAUGAAUAAUGGUAGUGCCUCUAGAAAUACUGCAGUUAGUUCUUCUACAAGCAAUGACAAAAGCAAUACUAUUGCUAGUACUGGAACUGUUGUUAACUCUAUAAGCAAUGCUGCUGUGGGGACCUCUAUAAGCAAUGCUGCUGUUGGGACCUCAGUAACCAAUGCUUCCGUCAGUAACGUCUUAAGCAAUGGCAGCAAUGCUUCUAGCAUAACCUUUGAGCGAGAAUUCCCACAGCUUAGUUUGGAUGACAAAAAUGGAAGGCAAGGCAUUAGCAAAGUCCCAUCUCCUGGUAUCAGCACUCCAAUUCAGAAUGUACCUCUGAUAACUCCAUCUGAUGGCUGGAACUCUGUGCUAGCAGAUCUUCCUUUAUCAAGUGAUGUAAAGAAAAGCCCAGCCACAUCUUCUAUAUUACAAAUCGCUCCUAGUAAACAGACUGAAGUGAUGCCAAACAAUGGGACUGCAUUAAGCAUGGCAGAGACAGUGAUGCAAGCUCCUCCAAGAAUUUCCAGUGGCCCUCAGUUAUCGAUUGAGGCUCAGAAGAUUGAAGAAAGAACCUUAAGGCAGUAUACUCUAAGGCCUCUUACACCCCCAGCAACCAAAUCUUCUGUGCUUAGUUCUUCGAAAACAAAAGGAACAAGACUUGGAGAUCCUACUGGUUCUAGUAAGACUGUACAACAAUUAAAAGCACAGUCUGCCAACAGUUCUAUUAGAGCUCCAGUUAAAGCUGAUAUUUCAAAGCUCUCUCAGUCAGGAAGCUUCCAAGUCCUCAGUCGAGAGCAAAACGGUACUGCACACACCGGCAAAGACUGCCUUAUCAAACCUGUGAGUCCUCCUUCAACUCCUUUGGUUGCAAUGGAUACACAGAAAAAGCCAGUUGUGAGCCAAAAGUUGAAGAUUGGCAUCAAUGAGCGUCCUCUGCCCCUGCAAGGUCCAUGUGGCGACAGAAAAUCAAAUGUAAGAGACAAGCAUAGAUUCUUUGAGGCGUUACGGACCAAGUCUUCAAAUGGUUCCAGCAUAGCUUUAGAGUCAGAGAGUCAGCCAUCUCCAUCCAGCUUAGUUGAUGUGAAGCAGGAUUCUUCUCUUAGUCUUGGAAAUGAUUUCUCCUUGUUCCAUUCUGAAACGAAAUGCACGGAGCAUGGGAAGUGUUUCUGUGAAGAAGCAAAUUCUUCUGAGGGGUCCCAGAGGCACCUAUCUGAUACUGAGGAGAACAUUCCAUCCCUGAAACCAACUGUUGCAGAUGGAAUAUCUCAGCAGCUUCUAGAGCAAAGCAGAGAAGCUGACUUAUCAUCGGAGCCUGCUGACACAGGUGAUGAAGGAUUUCAGUCGUCACUGUCGGACAGCGCUGAAGGCAGUAUGCCCUCAACACCUGCAGAUUCUGAUGAUGGGUGGAAUAGAUCCCAGUCUGGCAAUGAGGAAGCUAGUUCAUUAUCUGAGGUUACCGAACCAGGUGAUGAGGACCAUCCAGCUGACAUUUCUCCUGAAGAUAAGCGUUUCAUGAUAUUGCUUGGCUGGAGAGAAGAUGAAAUAGUGCAAGUUGAACCUUUGGAUUUCAAUGAGAUUGCAGACACUGUAAAUGGCUGCGAGAAACUCAAGAAGAAACUUCAGUCUAUGGAGUCCAAUGAUAACAUCAAGAGUAUUCUCCACCUUAUUAACGGGCAGAGCUAAAUGAGAAGCUGCAGCAGCAUAAAGAGUACAGGGGCUAAAGACAAUGGGAACCUAGCAAAAUUCUUCAGAAGCUGGUAGCAGAGACCCCAAGAUAUCACAGUUGUUUGGAAAAUGCAAUGCCUACAGAUCUUCGAGCAGCAUUGGCCAUGUAAAGACGUUGAGAACAGAUGGGAAUCAUUUUUGGCAUGAGUUUUUGUCUUGGACUGUUAACAUGGCGAUAUCGUUUUCUUUCUUCUUCUUCUUUUUUUCUUUUGCUGCAUGUUCAACAGUUAGGGGCUUAGUGUUCACAGAUAGUUCUGACAGUUUUUUUGCACACUGAAAGGAGUUUGGGGUUUCGCCGCAUUUCCCCAGGAGUAGCUCAUGUAAGUCCGAUCCUGAACUCACAUGGCUGUGCUGCCCUAUGAAAGAAUAGGCUCUGUUCUAACAGGUCAUCAUUUGCUUGUUAUAUGAAAAGGUUAUUAAUCUGGAUCCAAA